AUGCAUAGAGGAAUGCGUGGCCUAAAUAAAGUCAUGCUUGGGAAAGCUCCAUUUAACCGACCGUGGGUUUUGAAAAGUUAUGCGCCCUUCUCGGAUGAGGAUUGUAAUGAUUGUGAGGCCGUUUCCAACAGGGAGGUCGAGCGGACUGUGGCGGUAGUAGCAGAGGCCCAAUUAUCUGACGACGAGGCCACCUCCGUCUAUUACUUGCCCCCGCCGGCCUCCGCCUUGGUGUGCCUUCCGCCCAACCCCGACCCACCGCCUUUUAACGCCUUCGCUGAACCCCUCACCAUUGAAACCAGAGGCUUGUCUCCAAGUUCUCAUCUACAAGAAAAAAAAGUAGACCCGUUUUACGUGGAUAGUCUAAAUUUACAAAAGGAGAUUCUCAAUCCCGGUGGAGUUGAAAUUUAUGUAUCCGCGUCUAAUCUUCUCGAAAAUGUUGCGAUAGUCGAAUUGGAAAAUAAUCUGUGGGUUGGUGGUUGGAACCCUCGAGUGCCCGAUUUGCCCAGCCUCUUCCACAUGGGAGAUCUUCUGAUCUCUGUCAAUGAUCAUAAGGUGCAGACCCAGCGUCAAUUCAAGAAGAUUGUUGAGGGCACGAAACGGUGGGUGGCACAGGAGCGGCAGCGGAAGCCCGACAUAGCGCUGAACCCAGCCGAGGUGAAGUGUCGGCUACGUCUGAGGCGACUGCCUCUCGCUAAGACUCUGAUCGUGUGUAGACAGAUGCAAGACCAAAAGAUCGGUAUCAACUUCGACGAUAGUGGUACCAACAAGGUGAAGAGUAUAGACCCGGAGGGCCCCCUAGCAUGCACUGGUCUGCUCCCCUUCGCCCCGUCUUUUGUCAAAAAGUCCGCGAGUGUCCCCUUCCCCAUGUCAGUCCUACGGUUUCUUGAUCAAAAGCAGACCAACUCGGCUCCAGUAAAUUUCGUACCGUGGACGGCGACAGAAAUCAACCACAGGCCCCUCAAUCCCUUCUUCAAACAGCACGAGGCGGACCUGUUGAUCGGGGCUCGAGGGAUGGUAAUUAGCGUAACAUUCCAGCCCUCCGACUUCAUGGAAGCGCUAUGCAGAAAAAUCAGGAAAUUAAAGUCGCACCGGACAUUCUUCUAA